AUGUAUGGCUCUAUAUUGAUAUUUUUAAAACAAAUUAAUAUAAUACGCUCAGUAUUUUUAAAUUGUUUAGUGAUUUAUUUUGUUUAUUUUUUUUUUUUUAUAUUCGUAAAAGGAAAAAAGGUAGAACAUGAUGCAUUUCAUAAUCCAAUGUAUGGUAUGUUAAAUGCGCGCUCAAAUUUCUCGAUACCUACUAUAAUAAAAUGGAAAAAUAUUAACAAAUAUGGAUUUAUUCAUAAAAUUGGGAAUUAUAAUUAUCAAAAAAAUAAUAGAAUUAACAUUUUUAGACGAUCAAAUAGUUAUACAACAAAUUAUAAAUUAAAAUUUAACAUAUUUAAUAUUAAAAAAAAUAAAGACAUUUAUUUUUUGAGUAUAAAUAACAAUAGAAAUGAAAAAUUAAACGCGACGAAUUGCGAUGGGGGGUGUAAUAUGUGUAAUUCGCAAGUUAACAAACAAAAUAAUUGGAAAGAGCAUCAUUCUGAAAUAAAUGAUAAUAAGAAAAAUGACGACAAAAUAUUAUAUUUAAUAAAUCCAAGAGGAUUCUGUAAAGGAGUAAGCCGAGCAAUUGAAACUGUUGAAAAAUGUUUGAAAAUAUUUAAAACAAAUAUAUAUGUAAAACAUAAAAUUGUUCAUAACGAUAUUGUUUGUAAAGAUUUAGAAAAUAAAGGGGCCAUUUUUAUUGAAGAUUUAAAUGAAGUACCAGACGGUAGUAUAUUAAUUUAUUCUGCACAUGGAAUAAGUCCACAAAUUAAGGAGCUAGCUAAAAAAAAAAAAUUAAUAGAAAUAGAUGCAACUUGCCCAUUAGUUAAUAAAGUACAUGUAUAUGUUAAGAUAAAGGCAAAAGAAGGAUAUAAAAUUAUAUUAAUAGGAUAUAAAAAUCAUGUUGAAGUUAUAGGCACAUAUAAUGAAGCACCUGAUUGUACACAUAUUGUUGAAAAUGUUGAACAAGUUAAUAAUUUGAAUUUUUCAGAAAAUCAAAAACUAUUUUGUGUAACACAAACCACACUAAGUGUAGAUGAUUGUGCAUUGAUUCUUAAUAAAUUAAAAGAAAAAUAUCCUAAUAUUGAAACAAUACCAAGUGGUUCUAUAUGUUAUGCUACAACUAAUAGACAAAGAGCUCUCAAUAAAAUUUGUACAGAAUGUGAUAUUACAAUAGUAGUAGGUAGUCAAUCUUCUUCGAAUGCUAAAAAAUUAGUUUAUUCAUCACAAAUAAGAAAUACAGAUGCAAUUUUAGUAAAUACAAUUAAUGAUUUGGAUUUUUCUGUUCUUAAAAAUGUUAAAAAUAUCGCUUUGACAUCUGCUGCUUCAACUCCUGAUGAAUUAACUCAGCAAUUUGUUAAAGUAUUAACAAAUCCACCUUAUAAUUAUAAAUUAAACAUUUUUAAUGGUGUUGAAGAAAUUGUUCCUAAAUGGAAACUUCCAAAAGAACUUAUAAAUAUUAUUAAGCAAAAAAAAGCAGAGGAAACUCAGUCAAGCUCUUAA